GGGAGCAGCAGCAGCAGUGCGGAGUCGCGGGGGGAAGGAAGGGCAGGGGGGAGCGGAGGCGUCAUCAGGGUAACAUCAUCUCGUGUACGUUCCUCGUCCGGUUUGAGUCAAUUCCAGGAGGUUGACUUUAGUGACCAGCAUUUAGGGGGGGCGGCGGGGAGAUUCCGACCCCCGCCGCCCUCCGCCAACCCCCCUGACCCCGCCUGGCCCGGAAAACCCCUGCGGCAGACAAUCAACCGAGAAGGGGCGGACACCCAGCCAGCGACGAAGGAGGAGGAGGAGGAGGAGGAGGAGGAGAAAGGAAUAACGCAAUCUAGUGAAAAGGAGUGUGAAGAUGGGGGUGAUAGGGGUGGUGAUGAAGGGCCAAGUGGUAGCCAGACAUGCCCCCAAGUGGACUACAGCGUGGAGGUGCCGGGGGGGGCGGGGGCGCUAGGGGGGACGGUGGCACUGUGGCGGAGGGCUCCACGGAAGAAACAAAUUCGCCGGACCUCAACCACAAGCAGUAACUCAAGUAAUCCCCCGUCCCAGGCCUCCACGGCGGACACCCACCUCUCAGGCCCCGGGGAGGAGGCUGGGGGUAAAGACACAAGCCCCAAGAAGCCCAGAAUACCACCGGGGGACGAGGGGGAGCGGCCUGUUCUAAGCUCGGCAUCAGUGGCUUUGUACGAUGAGCUUGUUCGCAGAGGUGGAGCUCCGGGUGGUCGCUGCCUCCUGCUGACCGCUGCGACUACUGCUUUUGUCAUGACUGUGGUGCUGGCUACUCUUAUCCUGCUUGCCCCUCGCUCCCUCACGGCCCGCACCACACUUAUGCACAGCAGGUACCAUCUCUCAUCACCCAUGCCCUCGCCACCGCCGGAGAAUGUUUCAACGCCCUGGCCAGCUCCGAUCGCUCGCCCCUUGAAUUCCGUUGCGAGGUUUGGCAGGCAGAAGGCGUUGGCAAGACUUUCAUCACCACCACCGCUGGGUUUGUCUUCAUCACCACCACUACGUAAAGGUGUUGCCAUUACCACUUCCACCUCCACCUCCACCACCACCUCCACCACCACCUCCAUUCGUCCAGGUCAACACCGUUCUCAUCACCAAUCCGUGUUGACGCGUGGGUUAGCUAGGCGUGGACACUUAUCAUCACCAGUUUCAUCACCAGUGUCAUCACCAGCCCAGAAUACCACCACCACCACCACCUCCACCACCACCACCACCAGUUCUGUUCUUUUGUCACGGAUUCUACCCUCUUCAUCACCACCAACAUUGUCAUCACCAUUAUCACCACCACUUUCAUCACCAGUGUCAUCACCAGCCCAGAAUACCACCACCACCACCACCUCCACCACCACCACCACAAGUUCUGUUCUUUUGUCACGGAUUCUACCCUCUUCAUCACCACCAACAAUGUCAUCACCAUUAUCACCACCACUUUCAUCACCACUAUCAUCACCACCUCAAAAUACCACCUCCACCACCACCAGCUCUGUUCUUUUGUCACGGAUUCUACCCUCUUCAUCACCACCAACAUUGUCAUCACCAUCAUCACCACCAUCAUCACCAAUAUCACCACGAUCAUCACCAGCUCAAAAUAUCACCACCAACACCUCCAAUUCCGUCCUCUUCUCACGGAUUGUAGCUUCGCACCACCUAUUUUCAUCACCACCAUCAUCACCAUCAUCACCACGAUCAUCACCAGCUCAAAAUAUCACCACCAACACCUCCAAUUCCGUCCUCUUCUCACGGAUUGUAGCUUCGCACCACCUAUUUUCAUCACCAUCAUCACCAUCAUCACCACCAUCAUCACCACCUCAAAAUAUCACCACCACCAACACCUCCAGUUCUGCUCUCUUCUCACGGACUGUACCUUCGCACCACCUAUUUUCAUCACCAUCAUCACCACUAUCAUCACCAUCAUCACCACUAUCAUCAUCACCUCAAAAUAUCAUCACCAACACCUCCAAUUCUGUUCUCUACUCACAGAUUCUACUUUCACAACACCCUUCUUCAUCACCAUCAUCAUCACUAUCAUCACCAAAAUCAUCACCCCCGUUAUCAUCAUCACCACCUCAAAACAUCACCUCCAGUCCUCUCUUCUUCCCACGAAUUCUUACUGCACAACACCCAUCAUCACCACCGCCAUCUUCACCACCACCUCGUAACACCACCACCACCACCACCACAACAACGACCCCCAUCACCACUACACAUGUUCAAACUUUUCAACACCACCUAUCAUCACCAUCAUCACCGUCACCUUCCCGCGUCAACCCCCCUCCCACACACCCCUCUGUACCCCCUCUCCCCCCACCCCCACCCAUUUCUCACCCCCCCACCUCCACCACAGCACCCCCUUCUCCCUCCCCUCCUCCCCACUCAACCCUGAAACGAUAGCCCCUCCCCAUUCCUCCCCCCUUCCUCCCUAACCUCCUCUCCCAAGCUGGCAAACCUCAGAUUGUGACGUAAUGGAAAGACGGCUUGUGAUUGGCUGAGAGAUGAGUGACGUAAUGGUAAGCUCGUCUGCUAUUGGUGGAAAUCGUGCUGACGUCAAGGGCAGCUGAGUUUCUAUUGGUUGUUGACUAAUGUGAUGUGACAGAUUUGUGAGUGUGGGAAAAAUAAUGUUAGGAAUUAAAUAUUGAUAAAGGGAAAGAGGGAAACAGAAAAACAAGGAAGAAAAAUAGGAGGGAAGGAAGGAAGGAAGAAAAGAGAUGACGGUGUUUAACGGAAGCGGAAAGGAAAGGGGAAAAAAAAUGUUGACACCGUGAAGAAAACGGAAAAAUGAAAUGAUGGUAAAAGAAAGAACGAAAAAAAAGGACGUUAAAAGGAUGACUCAAGUAAAUAGAAAUAAAAUAAAUUGUUGAAAAUAUGAAAAGAAAACGGAAAGAGGAAAAGCCGAAAAAAAGAAGAAAGGAAGGAAACUAACAGAAUAAAAUAAAGAAAUAGCAAAAAUUCGGAAAAAUAUGAGAAGAAAGCGAAAUAAACACUUGACACUGAGACACAUAAUUAUAAAGUUAAUAUAUAGGAACACAUAAUCACACUAGGAAUAAUCAUAGAAUGUUGUUAUCUUGUUUGCUGCUUGUAAUAAUCAUCAAAGCAUGCUUGUUAUUUGUAUGUUAUGUGCACAAUUGUUAUUAGAUCAUUAUUUAUCAUUUUAGAGUUUUUUAUAGCCUAAUAUUUAUGUCUUGCAUAGAGAGACGUUAGUUAGUUUGUUAGUUAGUUAUCUAUUUAUGUUUUAUUUGAAUUUAAUCUUAGUUUAUUCUCUCUUAACCCGGUAGCUGCGGGGGUCAUGUUUCUUAGGUUAGGUUAGGUUAGGUUAGGUUAGGUUAGGUUAAAGGCCCCUCUAAGUAAAAUAAUGAGAAAGAAUCAUCACUCACGCAAACCAUUUCAUAAUAUAUAUCAACGCAUGUGUGAUCAGUUUAUGCAUCAUCUAUUUUGGAGGUUUAUAUCAUGGCAGAAAUUUGGCCCAUCGCUGGUACACGGUAAAGCCACAAAUUUGGCCCGUCGCUGCUACACGGUAAAGCCACAAAUUUGGCCCAUCGCUGCUACACGGUAAAGCCACAAAUUUGGCCCGUCGCUGCUACACGGUAAAGCCACAAAUUUGGCCCAUCGCUGCUACACGGUAAAGCCACAAAUUUGGCCCAUCGCUGCUACCCGGUAAAGCCACAAAUUUGGCCCAUCGCUGCUACACGGUAAAGCCACAAAUUUGGCCCAUCGCUGCUACGCGGUAAAGCCACAAAUUUGGCCCAUCGCUGCUACCCGGUAAAGCCACAAAUUUGGCCCAUCGCUGCUACACGGUAAAGCCACAAAUUUGGCCCGUCGCUGCUACCGGGUUAAAUAUAGAGAGUUCUUAUGUAUAAAUACGUUUGCAUCUUAAUUUAUUCCUUCAUUACUGUCUUAGGUAGAGGAAUUUUUUGUGGAUUUCCUAUAUAGAUAAAAAGAGUAAGGAGGAACACAAUUUAUUCAUUUAUUAUUGUCUUAGGUAGAGUAUUUUUUUUUUUUUGGAUUUCAUAUAUAGAUAAAAAGAUUUAGGAGGGACACAAUUUCACUAUGUCUUUUUUUUCUUAUUUACUCACCAGCCUUGCUCUUGAAUAAUUGAUGAAACGCUAAAGUAUUAACCAAGACGCUUUAAAAUUAUUAGUAAAAUCUGUCGAAGUUUCUCGCCGCUAGAAUCUUUUUUAUAUUAAUCAUUCAAGAAGUGGAGUGUACCUGUUUUAUUUUCAUGGCUUGCUGUAACUAAAUAUUUAUGCCUGCCUAUAUAUGGAGGGACCAGUAUUAGGUUGUAUGUCUGUAUUUCUCUAUUUUUUUUAUUUUUUACAACAAAGGAGACAGCUCAAGGGCACAAAAAAAGGAAACAAUAAUAAAAAAAAGCCCGCUACUUGCUGCUCCUAAAAAAAAUCCAAAGAGGUGGCCGAAAGAGAGGUCAAUUUCGGAAGGAGAGGUGUCCAGAUACCCUCCUGAUCUAUUGUGAACGCUCCCCUCAAGUGAUUUUCUUUUCUUUCUUUUGUAUUCCAUCAUUCAAGGACUUGUUUAAAUUAUCGGGUAUAUAAAUAUGUUCUAACUAUGCAUGUAUAUGUGUUUAUCUGUAUGCAUGGACCAGAAUCAUGUUGUAUAUCUGUAUCACUCGAGUUAAUGGGGUUAAAAGCGAGUGCUCCCCUUAAUGAAUCUUGCAUUUUUUAAGUCACUCCAGGACAAGAGGAAAAGGCCUGGUGUAUAUCUGGUAUAUGUUAUAACUAUGUGUAUAUGUUUAUCUGUAUGCAUGGACCAGAAUCAUGUUGUAUAUCUACGUAUUACUCUAGUUAAUGGGGUCAAAAGUGAGUGCUCCCCUUAAUGAAUCUUGCAUUUUUUUAAGUCACUCAAGGACAAGAGGAAAAGGACUGGUGUAUAUCUGGUAUAUGUUAUAACUAUGUGUAUAUGUUUAUCUGUAUGCAAGGACCAGUAUCAUGUUGUAUAUCUGUAUCACUCGAGUUAAUGGGGUUAAAAGUGAGUCCUCCCCUUAAUGAAUCUUCUUUAUUUUUAAGUCAUUCAAGGACAAGAGGAAAAGGACUGGUGUAUAUCUGGUAUAUGUUAUAACUAUGUGUAUAUGUUUAUCUGUAUGUAUGGCUCUAUAUCAUGUUGUAUAUCUAUGUAUCACUCUAGUUAAUGGGGUAAAAAAUGAGUGCUCCCCUUAAUGAAUCUUGCAUUUUUUUAAGUCACUCAAGGACAAAAGGAAAAGGGCUGGUGUAUAUCUGGUAUAUGUUAUAACUAUGUGUAUGUGUUUAUCUGUAUGCAAGGACCAGUAUCAUGUUGUAUAUCUGUAUCACUCGAGUUAAUGGGGUCAAAAAUGAGCGCUCCCCUUAAUGAAUCUUGCAUUUUUUAAGUCACUCAAGGACAAGAGGAAAUGGCCUGGUGUAUAUCUGGUAUAUGUUAUAACUAUGUGUAUAUGUUUAUCUGUAUGCAAGGACCAGUAUCAUGUUGUAUAUCUGUAUCACUCGAGUUAAUGGGGUCAAAAGUGAGUGCUCCCCUUAAUGAAUCUUGCAUUUUUUUAAGUCACUCAAGGACAAGAGGAAAAGGACUGGUGUAUAUCUGGUAUAUGUUAUAACUAUGUGUAUAUGUUUAUCUGUAUGUAUGGCUCUAUAUCAUGUUGUAUAUCUGUAUCACUCGAGUUAAUGGGGUCAAAAGCGAGUGCUCCCCUUAAUGAAUCUUGCAUUUUUUUAAGUCACUCCAGGACAAGAGGGAAAGGACUGGUGUAUAUCUGGUAUAUGUUAUAACUAUGUGUAUAUGUUUAUCUGUAUGUAUGGCUCUAUAUCAUGUUGUAUAUCUAUGUAUCACUCAAGUUAAUGGGGUUAAAAGUGAGUGCUCCCCUUAAUGAAUCUUGCAUUUUUUUUAAGUCACUCAAGGACAAAAGGAAAAGGACUGGUGUAUAUCUGGUAUAUGUUAUAACUAUGUGUAUAUGUUUAUCUGUAUGCAAGGACCAGUAUCAUGUUGUAUAUCUGUAUCACUCGAGUUAAUGGGGUCAAAAGCGAGUGCUCCCCUUAAUGAAUCUUGCAUUUUUUUAAGUCACUCAAGGACAAGAGGAAAAGGACUGGUGUAUAUCUGGUAUAUGUUAUAACAAUGUAUGCAUGGCUCUGUAUUACAUUGUAUGCCAUUUAACACUGUUCGCA